AUAUCUACAAGUGCCAGGCAGUUGUCUAGUUCAUCGCAGUAGCACUCUCGAAAGGCAGUAACCAGCCGGCGUAUCAAAAUCUUCAGAAGUUGAGAGAUAGCAUAAACAUAAAUAUGGUUGAAUUCGUAAAUUUCGUAUGCUAGAGAUCUGGGGGCGCCACGGUUCUUCCUACCGUUACGGUAUUCUCCAUAAUAUGAAGAGACGUGUGACGUUGCCAGACUUUUACAUUCAAAGGAAGAAACCUCACUUAUCGGCUGACAUACAGUUGACAGAUAGUGACCCAAAAACAGAUACUAAUUUUGGAAAAGAUGCGCCGUCAGAUACAGAAGGUGCCUUGGUGUACUUGCGAAGUAAAUUUCCCAACGAAGCGUUUGAAGGCCAUCUACCACCUGUUAUUGUCAUCCAUCAGGUUUACGCUAUUGUGAAAUGCAAAACGACUGUAGAUAAAGAUGUGAGUGUUUUACAAAGCAAAGGAAAAAUUCGAAUUUUCAAACUUGGUGGUGAGGAGUCUGCACUUGUGGCAAUUUUUACUGAAGAUCUGAAGAAACACGUGUUGAAAUGGUGUGCUGAAAAACCAAUAAUCACACGUUUUUUGAAUGAUGUUUUACCGGAAAUUGAUGAUGUGAGCAUUGAUAAGAGUGUACUUCAAAAAAAGUUCACUCUUUCAGAGCAUGAUAUAAGAUUUUUGUUUGGAUGUGGUCUGCUAACAUUAAGAUCAGCUUCGAGUUUUUGGUUCUCUUUUCCAAAUGCUGGAGAUUUCAUGAAAACUUACUUGAAGGGGAGGAAAGCUGUCCUAGCAACAAUAAAGAGGAGCAAGUUCAGUGAAAUUCUACAGCCUGAGCUUGAACAGCGGAAGUUGAAGAAGUCCGAGAAGUUUGGUAUGGUGUUCUACAUUUGCGACAUAAUUGGUGCUGACUUGGUUGAAUGUAUAGAAACAACAUCUGGAAAUCUUCUGAGAUUACGGAAGAAGAAAUAAAGAUUUUCCAUAUCUGAAAUAAA